AUGGUUCUUGAUGAUGUGUCCCCCGGCCCCAGUCCCAGCUCCCCCGGCCCCAGUCCCAGCUCCUCCGGCCACAGUCCCAGCUCCUCCGGCCACAGUCCCAGCUCCUCCGGCCACAGUCCCAGCUCCUCCGGCCACAGUCCCAGCUCCUCCGGCCCCAGUCCCAGCUCCUCCGGCCCCAGUCCCAGCUCCUCCGGCCCCAGUCCCAGCUCCUCCGGCCCCAGUCCCAGCUCCUCCGGCCCCAGUCCCAGCUCCUCCGGCCCCUAG